AUGUCCACAUCCCGACUUCACCCUCUAGGCUACGAGAGCAAGGUCGCCCACCUUUCCACGGGUCAUCACUAUCGUUAUGUGGAUAUCCAACCUCCCAAGGGCGUCACAACCAUUGUCACGGCACUAUUACUCCAUGGGUUCCCAGACUCUGCCUACGGAUGGCGCCACCAGGUAAAAGGCUGGUCAGGGCGAGGCAUCCGUUUGAUCAUACCUGAUAUGCUUGGAUAUCACGGGAGCUCUCAGCCGACAGAUCCUGAGCACUACGCCAUGAAGCGACUCAGCGACGACCUCGGAGAGCUCGUACGUAAGGCAGGGGUUCCCGAAGGAGAGAAGAUCAUAGUCAUUGCGCAUGAUUGGGGAGCUGGAGUUGCCAAUCGCUUGAUUCAAUUCAAGCCGGAGCUUGUCAAAGGGGCAGCAAAUUUCUGCAUACCGUUUAUGCCGCCAAGCCCACAAUAUAUCCCCUUAGAGAAAUAUAUCGAGCUACUUCCCAGCUUCCAGUACCAGGCCUUCUUUGCCUCCCUCGAGUGCGCAGCAGUUCUCGAUGACAACGUUGAACGGUUCAUUAACCUAAUAUAUACUUCGGCAAAGCAAGUUGCGACCAGCGAAUGCCCAUCAUUCGAAAAGAACGGAGUGGUUGAGGCAUGGCUGAAAGACAAUACUCAGAAUGUGACAUCUGAGCUGCUCUCAAAAGAGGAAUUAGAUAUUAUAGUAUCCGAGAUCAAGGCUGGCGUAGGAUUCGGGGCGAUGCUCAACUACUAUCGCACUCGUAAAAUCAAUCAUGAGCUCGAAAAGGAUCUUCCACAGGACAUCCGACCUGACAUACCUAAGCUGAUGAUUAUCCCUUCAGCUGAUCCUGCUAUUCCACCGGCGAUUUCGAUAAAUGCUGAAAAGAAGCUGAAAAAUCAUGAAAUAGUAUGGAUUGAAGGGCUCUGUGGUCACUGGGUCCAGCUGGAGAAGCCGGAAGAGAGCGAAAGGAUUGUGGGAGAAUGGGUGGAACGCUUUGCAGCGAAGGACUGGGUUCCGUGA